AGCCCAUUCUCCCCUCCCUGGCCCAGGUUUUCGGGCCGGGACUGGGGCGUGAAUCGCCAUCCUUGACGCGCAGCUUUUACCAUUGGCGGGGCCCCGAGCCCAGCCUUUGGUUUCCUGUCUGUCCGUUCUCCCGGCUCGGCCUCCCUUCCCUACCUGGCGUCUCGCCUGCCUCCCUCGUGUCCUUCCUUUCCCUAGGGAUCUUCGUUUUCUCCACAGAUACCUCCAUCCCCGCGUUUCCUCCCAGAUUAUUCAUCACGAUAUGUAUGUUUUAAUGUGUAUCCGCCACUAAAUUGUCAGCUCCGUAAGAGUUGGGACUAUGUAUGUUUUGUUCUCCAUCAUGUAACCAGCACAGUUCCUGGUAUGUAAUUGGCAUUCGGAUCUGCGGAAAAUGCUCUCUUGGGACAAUUUGGAUUCCCUUUAACUGGAACAGAGACAAGGUGUUACACUAAUCAUGCCUUGUCUUAUGAUCAGGCAAAGCGGGUGCCUAGAUGGGUUCUUGAACAUAUUUCCAAAAGCAAGAUAAUGGGUGACGCAGACAGAAAACAUUGUAAAUUCAAGCCUGAUCCUAACAUCCCUCCAAUCUUCAGUGCCUUCAAUGAGGACUAUGUUGGAAGUGGGUGGUCACGAGGACACAUGGCUCCAGCGGGAAAUAACAAAUUUUCAAGUAAAGCCAUGGCUGAAACCUUUUACCUUUCUAAUAUUGUACCUCAGGAUUUUGAUAAUAAUUCUGGAUAUUGGAACAGAAUAGAAAUGUACUGUCGAGAACUGACAGAGAGGUUUGAAGAUGUUUGGGUAGUAUCUGGACCUUUGACCUUACCUCAGACUAGAAGUGAUGGAAAGAAAACAGUUAGUUACCAGGUGAUUGGUGAUGACAACGUGGCAGUCCCCUCACACCUUUAUAAGGUGAUCUUGGCCCGCAGAAGCGCAGUAUCUACUGAACCUCUGGCACUAGGGGCCUUUGUGGUGCCCAAUGAAGCUAUUGGCUUCCAACCCCAGUUAACUGAAUUCCAAGUGAGCCUCCAGGACUUGGAGAAGUUGUCAGGACUGGUGUUUUUUCCUCAUUUGGAUAGAAGUAGUGAUAUCAGGAAUAUCUGCUCUGUGGACACCUGUAAGCUCCUGGAUUUCCAGGAGUUCACUCUGUACCUGAGCACAAGAAAGAUUGAGGGAGCCCGAUCGGUGCUCAGACUAGAAAAAGUCAUGGAAAAUUUGAGGAAUGCAGGGAUUGAACCAGAUGAUUACUUCAUGAGUCGCUAUGAGAAGAAACUAGAAGAACUGAAAGCUAAGGAGCAGUCAGGAACCCAGACGAAAAAGCCAGCUUAGUUUUAAUCUCAGAAGAUGUGUGGUAUUAUCUUCAAUGAAACAGGCAUGCCCUCCUCAGGCUAAUGUAUUUUAGUGGCAUUGCUUAGAGGAAAUGAUGGAAUUCUAAAUUUACAAUUAAAAAUUACCCCAAAAGAUGAAAGAUCUACAGUUUCUUGGUCAGUAUUUUAUUUGACUUGGGAAUUUAUUGUUAUGAAAGCUGUUACACCUGCAGGAGGGCUAAUCUGUGAAAUUAAAAGGAGGACUGUGUCCACAGAUGGCACUGCAUUUGUAUCUUUCUGGAUAUAAAGUUUGUGAAGUGACUGUUUACUUUCAUGCCUUCAGAUCAUGCAUUGUCUUUAAUGUAUCUGCUCAGCCUUCUUGGAACAUAAUAUUGUACAUGUUUUUUUCUCCUGUGACCUGAGCUGGUCUUGGAGAUGGCUUUUAGAAAUCCUUUAUGUGUUA